AUGGCAACUUUCCCUCUCACUAAACAAGCCUAUAUUUCAAAAACCAACGAUGAAAAAGAAGAGUAUAAAGAAACUUACCAAAAGUACAAUGAGAUGCUCCAAACCCUUCCCAAAGGGAGAGGCUGGAUGAGCCAACAUGUUCUCCAGUAUCAAGGUUUUUGGUUUAACCCUGAUAUUGGCUUGAAAGGAGCCAUGUUGGUACAAAAUCACUUCAAGCCUCGUCCCACUGAUAUUUUCUUGGCAGCCUUCAUAAAGUGUGGCACGACAUGGCUUCGCACCCUCAUGUUCGCCACGAUGAAUAGAUCCCUUCAUGAUAUUUCCUCCCACCCUUUGCUCAAUACCGGUCCCCAUGGUUGCUUUCCCUGCUUAGAUACACAUAAUUUUAGUGACUGUCCCAUUAGUGACCUUGAAGCUAUUCCUUCACCUCGGCUCCUUGCUACUCACAUUCCUUACCCUUUGCUACCUGAAUCUGUGAUAGCUUCUGGUUGCAAGUUUGUUUACAUUUGGCGCGACCCCAAAGAUGUGCUUGUGUCUAUGUGGUACUUCUUGAACAAACUAAAACCCAAAGAACAACCACCACUAUCACUAGACGAAGCAUUUGAUCUCUUUUGCAAGGGCAUUUCAGAUUAUGGACCCUUUUGGGAUCAUGUGUUAGGAUAUUGGAAGGCGAGUCAAGAAUCACCUGAUAAGAUAUUGUUCCUGAGGUAUGAGGAUUUGAAAAGAGAGCCAUCGGUUUACCUCAAAAGAUUGGCAGUAUUUCUAGGACAACCUUUCACAAUAGAGGAAGAGAAAGAAGAAGUGGCGCAAAAAAUAGCUAAGUUUUGUAGUUUUGAGAAUUUGAGCAACUUGGAGGUUAAUAAGUGUGGUGUGCAACAAUUUAAUACGGAAGUUGCAGUCGAAAAUUCCAACUUCUUCCGAAAAGGUCAAAUUGGAGAUAGUAAAAAUCAUUUGACCAACAACAUGAUAGAGCAUAUCGACCACAUCACGAAGCAAAAGUUCAAUGGUUCUGGAUUGAUCUCUGAUGAAUUGUUGACGUCCUAA